UAUUUCUAAACACGUAAUCAUUGGCAAAGAGAAUUAAAAAUGGAUGUUGUCGUAUUGAGCUGCAUUGCAUUAUUACUUGUCGUUCUUAUUAUUUUAAUAACCUUCUACUCGAAAGGAAGCGCUAGGAAGAAUGAGGCACAUGACGCAGCCGGCCCAGAAGCAAGUGGACAACGAGCCUUCGCCCACGUGACCGCGCGAGGAGUUCGCCAGCGACGACAUCAAGUGGCCAACGUUGAGGACCACUACAAAGAUGAGAUUGCGAAUGACGAGUCCGCCUCCUUGAAAAAAUUGGGAGCCAAGAAGCGCGCCAAAUUGGAAGCCAAGGCCGAGCGUAAAACUCAGCGUGAAAUUGAGGAACAAGAACGCAAGCUCAAGAAGGAGCAACAGCUGUUAAUAGACCAACAGCGCGACAAAGAAUUGGAGCAUGAGGCAGAGAUAAAGAGGUUGGAAAUGCUUCGUCAGCAGAAGAUAGAGCAAGAGGAGGAGGUUAAGUACCAGAACCUGAAGAAGGCCUUCAGCGUGGAGAAUGAGGGCUACGAGGAGAAGGUGGACAUCGACUCCGAGAGCUUUCAGAAUCAAAUCGUCGAGUACCUGAAGUAUCACAAAGUCGUCAUACUCGAGGAACUUGGUCAACGCUUCGGGCUCGAGACGAUGAGCGUGAUCAAGAAGGUACAGGAUAUGCAAGCCAACGGUACUCUCAGUGGUGUCAUCGACGACCGAGGCAAGUUCAUCUACGUGUCGGAGAAGGAGCUCGAGUCCGUGGCAGCGUUCGUCAAGCAGCGCGGGAGGAUCAGUAUCUUCGAGCUCGCCGAGUGCUCCAAUGAGCUCAUCAGUCUCGGGCCUGGAGCAGCCCACGAACCCAUCGAGGUGUAGCGCGGCCUCGCGUCACAUUGGCUCGGUCCACUAGACUUUCUACCGUCGUUUCGUAAUUGUAAAUUACUUCUUGAGAAAAACAAGCCUAUGUUUCUUCCGCUUUGAAUCCUGUGAAGGAUUGCAUCGUUAGUUCAAUCUAGAUAUAAGACUCUUGCAUAUGUGCAUCCGUGAUGUUUAUACGACCUCGUUGAUAAAUAAGUUGUAAAGAUGUUUGAUUAGUAGCAUCCAAUUUUCCGUAAAAUUGUGGUGCCAUAUAAUUUUUCUCAAAUCCGAUAACUUCUCA